AUGUCCGAGGCCCAGAUCGCUCAUCGCCGCCUAGUCCAAUCGCUCUACAAGCGCUCGCUCAAGACCGCCCAGGACUGGUACAUCGACACCAACUUGUUCCGCCGCAAGGCCGUCGAGCUCCGGAUGCAAUUCGAUGCCAAGAGCAACUUGCGUCACCCUCGUGAGAUCGCCCAGGCUAUUCAGGAGGCUGAGCGUCAGUUGACUGAGUUGAGACAUCCCGAUCCUUAUAUCGCUGUCACUGCCCCUGGUGGAACCAAGUUCGAGCGUAACAUUCACCCCAACCUUGAUGAGCCUGCCGUUCACCACUAA